UUCCUCAACCAAAUGCCCCCAGUCACAUUUCAACUCUUUCAAACAUUUUCCUCAAAAACCCCCCAAAUUAAAUUAAAAUCAAAUAUUUGUAGAUCGAUCGAAGAUGGCAUCAAAACAAAUGGAAGAGAUACAAAGAAAAUUAACAUUGUUAUCAUACCCAAGAGCAAAUGCACCUUCUCAAUCUUUACUUUUUGCCGGCAUGGAACGUUACUCUCUUCUUGAAUGGCUCUUUUUCAAGUUAUUAGGUGAUAAAUCCCCCUUUUCUCAACAGAAUUUACAAGGAGAUGCUAUGGAUCGAGACGAAGAAACGUCUCGUAUACAAUAUUUGGCAGAGAUUGCAAAGUUUCUUGGCAUAACCACCACCGUAGAUACAGAAGUUAUUCAAGGACGAGGAAGUUAUGAAGAACGGGCAGAGAUGCUUCGUCUGAUUGUAGAUCUUGUUGAAGCUAGCAUUUACGCUGAUAAUCCCGAGUGGAGCGUUGAUGAACAGGUGGCAAAGGACAUACUACUAAUAGAUUCUAUUGCUGAAAAACAAGCUCAAAUAUUCUCCGAGGAAUGCAAACUGUUCCCUGCUGAUGUGCAAAUUCAGUCCAUAUAUCCAUUGCCUGACAUAUCAGAUUUGGAGAAACAACUCGCCAGUCAAUCUAGUAGACUAUCGAGUCUGCAAGAGAUGGUUGAUGAUUUAGCGUCAAAGCACUCAUACAAUCCUGAUGAGGAGUAUGCUGAAGUGGACAUGAAGCUGCGUGCACAUCUUGAAUCUUUCUUAGAAACUGCAAGAUCCUUUAAUACAAUUUACACCAAGGAAAUACGUCCAUGGACUCAUAUGAUGGAGGUACCACAAUUGCAUGGCUUUGGACCUGCUGCAAAUCGCUUAUUAGAUGCUUACAAGAUGCUCUUAAAGUUCUUAGGCAACUUGAGAAACCUACGUGACUCACAUGCUGCUGUGGCUGUUGGAUCGUCUGAAACACUCUCUGGCCAACCAUCUUCGGUAGCAAGAAUUAUAUCUGAAUGUGAAUCUGCUUUGACUUUCUUAAACCGUGAUCUUGGAAUCCUUUCAGCCUCGAUAGCCCGUGAUGAAGCAAAAAAGUCAGGGUCAAAUAUUGAGCAAACCCAUUUUUAGAAGCAAAGGUCAACCAUUUUAAAUUUACAUUUGUUUUGCUCCCAUAACAACGAUGUUAUAUAUAAUUAUGAAUGAAUGUGAUAUGCAAUUCCUUGUGUGUUUGUGCGUAAUUCAUGGUAAUUUCAUGUUGUCAGGAAGUUCUAUUUUGUUUUCUCCUCAUAGGAUAUAUCUGGAAUAGACUUGAUUUUGAUUUGAGCUUAUUUUAAAAAAGGUUUGAGUUUCAAGUUUUGUUUAA